CAGCAGUUAGAAAGAUUUUAAACAUUCUUUGUUAUAUUAGAUAACCACGAGUUUUUCCACACCGGCCGCCACUCACUCAUCCUAACCAAUGUGAAACAAGUAUAUACACAUGCACAACGAUAGCCACACGAUAACAGAGAGCUCUUCAGCAAUCAACUCGAACAUAGUGUAAUACAGCCCUAAUCUUUCUCAAUCAUCACUUAAAGAAUACAAAGGUCAUCAUAAGUUUAUUAAUAGGUGGGUUCUCUGUGUUCCUCAGCCCAUUGUUGUAGAAUGUUGCAACAGAACUUUGUGCUUACACGGAUGCAAUCAAACAGUUUCCUGGUGUGGACUAACUGCAGGUCCCGAUGCUAUUGUAAACUGCAAACCCCUAUGUUGGCCAGAUUGUAGGACAAAAGCAACCUGUGUUGCUGCCAAUGCUGCUGCUUCCUGAAAACGUUAAUGGUACAAACUUCAAUAAAACUAGAAUUCAAAA